AGGUUUUAAUUUUCAUCAAAAUACACAAGUUGUAUAUAUUAAAAUAUAUGUUUACAAUAAGAUUUUUAGAAUGGGGGAAGUAUUGAAGGAAUUAAGAGAAAAGUCUCGUAAAAGAAAACUUUUGCUAGCACAAACCUUUGGAGUGUCUGGAGUUGAAGAACUGAGAAAUGUCUUAGGAACAGCCGAAUCGUCUCAAGAAAAAUCUGUUAACAAAGAGAGUACUAGCGAAAACGAGAAAUACGAUUAUAAAAAUAAAGAUUAUUCAGAUGAAUUAAUAUAUAAAGAUUCAUCUUUAUUUUUAAAAGGCACGCAAUCUUCUAACCCUCAUAAUGAUUAUUGCCAACAUUUCGUGGAUACAGGUCAACGUCCUCAAAAUUUUAUCCGCGACGUCGGUUUAGCAGAUAGAUUCGAGGAGUACCCUAAACUAAGAGAACUCAUUAAACUCAAGGACGAACAAAUCCAGGAAACUGCCACUCCGCCAAUGUAUCUCAAAUGUGAUUUAAUGACUUACGAUUUAAAACAAAUUAACAGCAAAUUCGACGUGAUAUUAGUGGAACCUCCUCUAGAGGAGUAUCAAAGAACAAUGGGCGCUACAAAUAUGCAAUUCUGGAGUUGGGAACAAGUGAUGAAUUUGGAUGUUGGGGAGGUAGCAGCACAAAGGAGUUUUGUGUUUUUGUGGUGUGGCAGCUCAGAGGGACUCGAUAUGGGACGAGUUUGUUUGAGAAAAUGGGGUUUUAGAAGGUGCGAAGAUAUAUCCUGGAUAAGGACGAACAUAAAAAAUCCGGGGCAUUCGAAAACUUUGGACCCCAAAGCGGUUUUCCAAAGAACUAAAGAACACUGCCUCAUGGGUAUCAAAGGUACUGUCAGGAGAUCGACUGAUGGAGAUUUCAUCCAUGCUAAUGUUGAUAUCGAUCUAAUAAUUUCCGAGGAAAAUGAAUAUGGCAGUUUGGAAAAACCGGUCGAGAUUUUUCAUAUUAUCGAACAUUUUUGUUUGGGUAGAAGAAGACUGCAUCUGUUUGGUAGGGAUAGCACCAUCCGACCGGGAUGGCUCACUAUAGGACCCGAACUGACUAAUUCUAAUUUCAAUUCUGAUCUCUAUUUAAGUUUUUUUACUCCUACUACGCUUACUACAGGGUGCACCGAUAGGAUCGAGGCUUUAAGACCGAAAAGCCCUCCGGCUAAGGGAAAGGGUAAUUCUAGUGGUAGGGGAAGGACUAAUUUUCAAAGGGGCAGAGGAAGAGGGAGAUAGUUUUUUUUAUUUUAUUUUCGAGUUUUUUUUUAUAUCAGGAAUUGACAGUUUAAAGUGAAAAUAAAUGGGUGAAACGAUGAA